AUAGCGUGUGCAGGAAUACAUUGAAACGCGACGGCGUGCAGUAUGUGUGUUAGAAUUAUGGUGCAAGGUGCAGGCCGCGUGUUUGGUGUGGUUGUGCCGAGCGUACUCCUGACACUACUGUUCGUUGAUCAAGUAAGAACAGCGCAGUGUUCCAUAAUGAUGCAGCCAAAACAUAUAACUCUGUUACAUGAUAUAGAUUUGUAGGAACUUAGUGCAUAUCCUCUCUCACCCACGACGUCUCCUCUCGUUAUCGUAUUCCCUUCGACUUGACGUCGAUCAAUACGUCGGUUUCACGCACAGUUCUGCUAGACAAUGAACUCUUACUCGAUGUACUUUUCAUUCAUACGCCUCUUCUAAACUAUGCGAUGGGGGGCAUGUUUGCUCUCCUCCGAAAUAUUGCUGCUCAUUCGGCUGUUGUUACGGAGUAUUUCCGCAAGUGCACUCUCAUUUGUCAGGAAUGAUUAAUUUCCUGAUUUGGACUUAUUGGUACUUAUGGGCAGCAGUACUCUCAGGUUUAGCUGUGGCAGCUAUUUUUGGCUGCUGGCUAUGGAAACGAAGACGCUCUGCUAUUAUAGAAGACUGUGGUUCUUCUGACAGAGCAUCUACAGGUCCUUGGUUUCCUCCACCGCAUUAUAGUCGUUGCAGUUCUUUUGUGCAAGCGUUACCACCACCUUAUAAUGAAGUUACCGCAAAACCAGAUUUGUAUCCACUGGUUAUCGGAUACGAUGAGAGUAAUGGAAAGGGAACAUCAGGAUUUGUUAUGCGGUAUUUUAGAUCAUUGUCCCAUGCGAGCACGUUGGAUUCUUUGAGUUCAAGUUUUAUGUGCAAUGUUGUCAACGAAGCUAACACCAUUAUUCCACCACCGUACUCCUGUAACAACAGUGCAGAUGAAUUAUCAGCGGUUGAAUGCGGAAGAGAAGAAAAUGGAGAUGUUGUGUCAGUUGUUUCGUUGGCUAAUCAUAGAACAACAUCAGACAUAUCGAGUUUAGCAGCUCAGUCACCGUGUUCACCGCCAAGGGCUACCAGUCCUACAAUAGAGCUACGUGAGUUGCUAGACAAAAUUCAACAACUACCACAAUUACCUAGCGGCCAUAGCACACUUUUGCCUUCUCAAAAUCAGCCUCAAUUUCUCCAUACUAAUAAUGUAAAUGGUACUGUACAACAACAACAACAACAACAACGGCCUUUAAGUCCAAAUGAUGUUGGAUCAUAUAGAACAAGAAGAAUGCGUGGAAAAAUGUAUAUGCCAUUAGGACUGCCAAAUUCAAGAAAUAAAACUAAACGAUGGUUAUCACGAUCAGCGCCUACAACACCAUCCGGUACAAUACCAAUGUCCUUUUUACCAGGACAAAGUAGACGGCCAUCUGAAACGGAUAAUAACAAUCAACAAGUAGUUCCUUUGCUAUCGGAGCAGGAUGAAACAGAAAAUAAUAAUGGUGAACAAUUAACCAAUGGUAUUCCACUGCUUUCUGAACAAGAAGAGAAUCGUCAAGCUACAUGACGAUGAUAAUAUUUUUGAUUAAUCUGAAACGAAAAUAAAAGAAAGAAAGAAAGAAAGA